ACCAGGAGAAGACUCAGGGAUGUACAGACUGGGUAGGUCACCAGGAGAAGACUCAGGGAUGUACAGACUGGGUAGGUCACCAGGAGAAGAGUCAGGGGUGUACAGACUUGGUAGGUCACCAGGAGAAGACUCAGGGAUGUACAGACUGGGUAGGUCACCAGGAGAAGACUCAGGGAUGUACAGACUGGAUAGGUCACCAGGAGAAGAGUCAGGGGUGUACAGACUGGGUAAAGUUGAAAAACAGAUAGGACGUCAGCAGAGGUACACAGUAACAUGGGAGGAUGGCAAGUGCGGUGAACAGAUGUCCAUCCACAUCUAUGGAACCUACACCAAGACGAUCAAGUUCAAGGUCGACAGCUACAUCCUGGCACUUGCUGACCCUGACAACAACUAUUUUCCUUCCGGGUGAAGUGACAAGGGUCCACGAAGAUGGAGAUGUUCAAAGGCUACA